AUGGUACGUUUGGCUAACGCUGAAGAUGACCUUCUACGAGAAAUCGCUUUUACAAGACGCUUGGAGAAUGGAAGACCAGAAGCUCCUAUUGAUCUUGAAACUCGGAUCUGUAACAAUUGUAAUAUAACAAUACGCCGUGAAAUUCAAAUGUUACAGGCUGAUCCCAAUUGCAUCCGACUCAAUGUUCUUUCUCAUCGUACUAAUAAUGAAUGUUUGGUGUGCCAUAGACGUAUUAACAUUCACAGAUUAAGUUUACAAUCCAGAGUUCAUAUUUUUGUAGAGCGAAACAUUUAUGUGCCAGCAAGAUACUGUUGCUGUAAUGAGCAUUUGGAUGAAAAGGGUUUAUUACCACUCAAUAUUAUUGAAGAUUUCAGGUUCAUUAAUAGACCAUACAUUUUGAAUGGUCCAGAAUUACAAUCAUUUGUUCAAGCGAUGCGUGAAGAGAUUGUGCAUAGCCCUGUACGCAGAUAUGAAUAUGAACGCACUUUAACAGAUGAACAAUUUGCAGCUAUUUCUCCUAUUUCAAAAGAUAACUUUAAUGAUCUUUUCACAUACUCUGAUCCUGUCAUCGUUCCAGGUGGCCAUCGUUAUGUGUCUAAAAAAGACCUUCUAUGUUUCCUGUGUAAGUUAAAACAGGGUCUUUCGGAUGAAUUUUUAUGGGUAAUGUUCCAUUAUUCUUCAAGGCAAGCUACGAGUUUAGCAAUCAGUACAGUUCGACAAUCGUUGAUGACGAGAUUUGUAGAUGAGAACAUAGGGUUUGGAUCAAUAACAAGGGAGGAAUACAUAGAAAGACAUAUAACACCAUUUGCAAAUCGCUUGUAUAAUGCCACACCUGAAGAACCGACGGCAAUUGUGUACAAUGAUUGUACUUAUCUAAAUAUUGAGAAGAGUUCUUGUUUUAAAUCCCUGCGUCAAUCGUUUUGUGUUCAUAAGAACAGACAUUUAUUAAAACCUGCCAUGUUUGUAGCUCCAGAUGGAUAUAUACUUGAUAUUCAAGGACCUUAUUUUUCGAAUGCCGCUAACAAUGAUGCCAGAAUCCUUUUAAAAGAGUUCCAAAUGGAUGUUGACGGAAUGCAAAGAUGGUUUAGAGCACAAGACAUUUUCAUACUGGAUCGCGGAUACCGAGACGCCAAUCCUAUUUUAACGGAUAUUGGCUUAGUUACAUUGAUGCCACCUUUACUUGAUCGUAAUCAAGCUCAGUUCUCAACAGAAGAUGCCAACCAAGCUCGAAUCAUCACAAAAACUAGAUGGAUCGUGGAAGCCAGAAAUGGCCAUCUGAAAAGUUUAUUUAAAUUCUUUGCAAACGUUAUUCCUACGUCUCAUAUUCCCAACUUGACUGAUUUUCUGCGUAUAGCCGGUGCUAUAAUAAAUAAAUAUCAUAGAAUAAUUAUGAUGCCUGAUGCAAACGUAGAAUUAGCAGAACAGAUGUUAAAUAAAGUUAACGAGCUCAAUCUAGUGCAAGCUCGAGUAGAAGUUGAAGGUCUUCAACGAAGACGAGGUCGAUGGGAUAACCUAACUGCAAUGCAUGAUUCUUCUUUAAGGGCUGAGUUGGAAAAUGAAGAAGAAAUCGGAGAAGACGAACAAACCUUUGAAAUCGAUCGGAAUACCAAUGAACCAGGUUUUAUGAGAAUAAGAAUUUCCUCUAGAUUCAGAAAUGCUGCGAAACAUCAAGUAUGGAUAGCAUUUAAUGAGGAGUAUAAUCAAGAGCAAGAUGUUGCAAAUGAAGAAGAACUUAUUCUUGGUUACUACUGUACAUGCAAGGCUGGAGCAAGAACUCUUGGAACUUGCGCCCAUGUAGCAACUAUUCUUUGGUAUUUGGGAUACGCUCGACAUGAAAAUCAGGUGCACUAUCCAUCGCUCAGAUUUUUGCGAAGCGUACAAGAUGCACAGAUGGAUAUUGAUCAAUUAAUUGAAAUAAUAGAUCCUCUCGGUUAA